CGGUAAGCACUUGCUCGUUGUCGCACACUGCCCUUUGCAGUGAUGUUAAUUAAUCACUUUUACUGUUUACUUUCUUAAUUAAAACUGCGUUAAUUAAAUUAAGCAAAACGGCUGUUCUAAGAUUCUAAAACCCGUGCAACGCGUAAACGAAGUCGUUGCGACGACGCAAAGGAAAACCAGCCAAGGAGAAGCACCAGGAAUUUGCCAACCAAACCCCAGUAAAAACCCCAUUCGGAGAAGACAACAACAGUGACUUGGGUGUGUGUGCGGAGUGAAUAGUUAAAUCAGUGAAUAAUUUACCGUACGGCCUUCGCCUUCCCCUGGGGGAGCAACAACAAAGCCUCUCGUUCACCCACUCCCACACACACACGCACACCAGCACCACGCAUACACACACGGGCCAGCCAUAACCUGUGUGUGAGGCAAUCGCCGUCGUCGCCCGAAAUCAAAUCACUUAUCGGGAGGAACAACAACACCAGCGACGGCGACGACAACAACAGCAGCAGCUGCAGCAUAAUCAACAAUCAAACACAAAACGAGAUUCAAUAUGGGCCUGCUACUAUCGCGGCUGUGGCGGAUGUUCGGCAACGAGGAGCACAAGCUGGUGAUGGUGGGCCUGGACAACGCGGGCAAGACGACCAUCCUGUACCAGUUCCUGAUGAACGAGGUCGUCCACACGAGUCCCACGAUCGGCUCCAACGUGGAGGAGGUCGUCUGGCGGAACAUUCACUUUCUGGUGUGGGACCUGGGCGGCCAGCAGAGCCUGCGCGCCGCCUGGAGCACCUACUACACGAACACAGAGCUGGUGAUCAUGGUCAUCGACUCCACGGAUCGGGAAAGGCUGGCUGUCACGCGGGAGGAGCUCUACCGGAUGCUGCAGCACGAGGAUCUGAGCAAGGCCAGCCUGCUGGUCUAUGCCAACAAGCAGGACCUGAAGGGCUCCAUGUCGGCGGCGGAGAUCUCGCGGCAACUGGACCUCACCUCCAUCAAGAAGCACCAGUGGCACAUCCAGGCCUGCUGUGCGCUCACCGGCGAGGGCCUCUACCAGGGACUGGAGUGGAUCGUACAGCGCAUCAAGAACAAAUGACCCGUCACGCACGCUACGUACUAGCUAAUUAAUCAUUAACGACUAGCUGUCUAGAGAAAGUAAACCAAUUUUGAUAUAAACAAUUUUUAAGCGUUUCCAAAUUGUUUGAAAAGUUGUUGCCAAGCCAAUUUUAUUUAGUGUAAAAUACGUCUGAACAGGAGACCCUCAAUGAUUUAAAUCUACGUGUAUAUGGAUAAUGUCUAGGAGCUAAGCCAAUUAACUACGAUACUUCCAAUAAAAUUACAAAAUAAACGAGUUUA